GUGCUGUCCUCUUUAGAUUUCAUGUACUGCUGAAUUUUCCCCAAAAAGAAAACCUUGUAGGAUUUUUGCGUGAGCAUCAGACCGAAAACUAUUAUUUGAUGGCGAGUAAUUUAACUUUUAAGUAAACGAUAUCAAAACGAAUUCAAUAUAGUUAAUGUGUGAGUGGUGAAAAUUGUCGAGCAAGGUGUGAAAACCUAAUCGGUACUACGCUGUGUCUCCAAACCACCCACCCGCCACACAAAAGAAAAAAUCGAAUGUGUGAUUAACGACGAUAAACUGUUGUUUUUGCCAUUUCUUGCCAACAAUAAAGGUAUAAACACGUCUCCUUACACGAAAUUAUAUUAGUUGUUUACGUAAAAAAGACUAAUAUUUUGCCCACUAUUUUAUGACUGUUUUUGAAAAUAAUUAAAUAAAUGAAUUGAUAAUUAAUUUCACAUAUUAAGUAUACAAGCAAAUAAAAAGUGUACGUAUGAUACGCAAUUGAACAAGCUAUCACUAGAAAUUAUAUACUUAAAUUAGUAAUUUGUACAAAAGUUGGGUAAAAAGGGAAGCAAAACCAUACAAGCUGUGUCGUCAGCGACGUACAAACGGACCACAACAAACAGGCAACAGACAAAUAAUUUAUAUUUUUCAGCAACGUAUUAUUUAGUGCAAGCGUACUUUGGGUGGUGGUUUAGGUUUGGGUAUUUUGGCGUGAGCCCGUCAUGUCCGACAUCAUGAACAUCGAUAGCAUUAUUUCACGAUUAUUAGAAGUGCGUGGCGCACGACCUGGAAAAAAUGUUCAGCUAUCUGAAAGUGAAAUACGUGGUUUAUGCCUCAAGUCACGUGAAAUAUUCCUUUCGCAACCUAUUCUACUGGAACUGGAAGCACCUUUGAAAAUUUGCGGCGAUAUCCAUGGUCAAUAUUACGAUCUGCUUCGUCUUUUUGAAUACGGCGGUUUUCCACCAGAAUCGAAUUAUCUAUUUUUGGGCGACUAUGUCGAUCGUGGCAAGCAGUCAUUGGAGACUAUUUGUCUGUUACUGGCUUACAAAAUUAAGUACUCGGAGAACUUUUUCUUGUUGCGUGGAAAUCACGAAUGCGCCAGCAUAAAUAGAAUUUACGGUUUUUACGACGAGUGCAAACGGCGGUAUACAAUAAAGCUGUGGAAAACGUUUACAGAUUGCUUUAAUUGUUUGCCGGUCGCGGCUAUUGUUGAUGAAAAAAUUUUCUGCUGUCACGGUGGUCUCAGUCCCGAUUUGUCGUCAAUGGAGCAAAUUAGACGCAUUAUGCGUCCAACAGAUGUGCCCGAUCAGGGUUUACUAUGUGAUCUCUUGUGGUCAGAUCCCGAUAAGGAUACAAUGGGUUGGGGAGAAAAUGAUCGUGGUGUGAGCUUCACAUUUGGCGCUGAGGUUGUUGGGAAAUUUUUACAAAAGCACGACUUCGAUUUGAUAUGUCGUGCGCAUCAGGUUGUCGAAGAUGGUUAUGAGUUCUUUGCUAAAAGGCAAUUAGUCACACUCUUUUCGGCACCAAAUUACUGUGGUGAAUUUGACAAUGCAGGUGCAAUGAUGUCUGUGGAUGAUACACUUAUGUGUUCUUUCCAAAUACUGAAGCCGGCUGAUAAGCGCCGCUUCGUCUAUCCGAAUUUCGGCAGUUCUGCGCGUCCGUUAACUCCGCCACGCGGUGCCAACAAUAAAAAUAAAAAGAAAUAAAUAAAUGUGCAAACUUAGUAGAAUUAAAAAGACGAUAAAGGCGUAAUUAAAAAAAUUGUUAAAUAAUGCAGAAAACGAAAACAUGAAAAAGAGAUGUAAAGCAAAAACAUAAAAGGCACUGCAAUAACAAAACCUUAAAAAUAGUGCAAAUAAAAGUAAGAAGGGCGAAGACGAAACAGCUGUAAAAUAGGCAGCUGCCACACAAAAUAACAUUAUUUGUAUUUGUGUAAGUCUAUACACAAUAAUAAUCAUCAACAACACAACACAUAAAAAAUCAGAACUUUUUGUUGACAGUACCGCAUUUUUACACUAUUUUUUAAGUAGCUCCUUGCUUAAAGGCUUUAUUUUUUAUGCAAAUGCACUUUAUGUUCGCAACAUUAUACUAAAAGACAUGCGUUCAAUUCAAUUCAUUUUCGAAGACAUAUAUUUUAAGGCUAAAUUCGAAAAUACAAACAAACGGGUUGAAAAUAGUGUUGCGAACAGUUAUUGUUAAAUUUAAAGGGGUUUUUUAGUAUAAGCUAAAUGUGUAAUUUCGAAUAUUCGCAUGUAUAUUAGACAUUAAGCACAAACAACAACAAAGUACAUGUAAUGUGAAAUAUUUUCAUCCUAGUUCGGACUUAUUUUCACAAAACAAGAUAUAUAACUUUACCAUAGCACUUAUAAUUUGUAAAUGUGUGUUACAGAGAUUCCUGAAACAUUAAAGAUUUAAAAAAUAUAUUUUCUUUCGAAGUACAAAAAUUGUUUUUUCGAAUUUGCCAAACGGUAGAUAUAUAAUAUGUACAUUAAAAGCUUUAAAAUACACGUUUGUUUAUGUAUAAGGAUUGUCAACUUAUAAAAUAUACGUAUUGAUUAUGAAGGGAAAUAAAACUAUAAUAUAUUAUGGCACUCAGUUCAAAAUGGAAAUAAAUUGAUUAAAAAAUUGAAAUUUCAUUAUUAUUGUUGGUCAUACACGGUAUGUUCGAUAAUGUUGUAAUUAGCAAGAAAGAAGAAUACUUUACUAUUUUAAAAAAGAAACCAUAUUUCGAAAAACACACACACACAGCAAACACUUUUAAAAACUGUAGGAUAUUAUUGUUGAUUUUGUAUGUAUUGUUUCAUGAAUCAUGUUUUGAGUGCCGACAAACAGAUUUUGAUUGCGUGCAUAAAAAGCUUCUUUCCUGGGAUAAUAUAUUUGACAAUUGUUGCUGAAGACGUAAUCGGACAGCCGUAAUUCGAUUUGGCGAAAAAUGUCAUGAAAUUUAUUAUAUUUAUACAAUUUUAAUACUUAAUAAUUAAAAAGUAAUUCAAAAACUUAAUUUUCUAUAUUUUUGUGGAAUAUUUGGCUAUAAUUGUAUAACUUAACAUUAUUUUGAACAAAAACUAUAUGUGCUUUGGUUGCCUAUGUACUAUUUUAAACAAUCGAUAUCGUUGAAAAUUCAUUCUACAUAUGUACAAUACAUAUAUGUAUGUAUGUAUGCGGUACACAUUUAUGAUUUCUCGCUUCUACCAAAAAUUGUUUGUUAACUCAAUGUUUGUUUAUACAAAAAUAGAUAUACAUUAAGCUGCAUGCCACAUUUUUUUACUGUUAUUGAAAACUUUCAAACACACACUCAUAGGACGCACGGAACAUUUUAAUAAAAUUAACUGUAUGAUUUUCUCAAUUAGUUUUAAGUUUAGCAGUUGCAUUGAUUCACACCAAACACAAAAAUAACAACAACAAAUGCAAAUAAUUGUAAGUAGUAGUGGACUUAACAAAUACAAAAACAAAACGCGGAGCAAGACAAACUCCAAAACGAAUGCAUAUGCACUACAUUUGAUAUAAAAUUUGUAAAAUAACAACAACAAAAAUAGCCAUAAGAAAAAUAUGUGUGUAAAAAUAAAAAAGCUAUGAAAUAUAUUUGCAAAAAAUAAGACAAGCUAACAAAAACUAGAUUUGUACGAUCAACUCAACACAAGAAAAUAACGACAAAAAUAAUGCGUUAAUAUAUUGUUACCAGCUAGUUUAAAUGUACAAGUGCAUACAUAAACUAUUCUAUUUAAUCGAAAA